AGACCGGGCGCUUACAGAACCUAAACAGAGACAUCCUCUGUUGUGUCUCUCCCUCUAUAAAUCAGACUUAAGUCAAGAGAGCAGUUUUUGUGAUUAUCAUGAUCAUGUAAUGACUACUACCUCAUACAUUACAUUACAUUACACCGUGGAUGGUCAGAUUGAAGAUAUUUUUGUUGUUGAAAAAGAAGCCUUGUCUCCAAAGUAGAUAAGCCUAAUUGUGUGGUAAAUAAUGGGAAGAUCGCCGUGCUGUGAUAAGGCUGGGUUAAAGAAAGGGCCUUGGACACCAGAAGAGGAUCAGAAACUUUUGGCUUACAUUGAAGACCAUGGCCAUGGAAGCUGGCGCUCUCUGCCUGAGAAAGCCGGUCUUCAAAGGUGCGGAAAGAGUUGUAGGCUCAGAUGGACUAAUUACCUUAGACCUGACAUCAAAAGAGGCAAAUUCACUGUACAAGAAGAACAAACCAUCAUUCAACUUCACGCUCUCCUCGGAAACAGGUGGUCAGCAAUUGCAACUCAUUUAGCAAAAAGGACAGACAACGAGAUCAAGAACUACUGGAACACACACUUGAAGAAACGACUGGUUAAAAUGGGGAUAGAUCCAGUGACUCACAAACACAAAAACGAAACUCUUUUGUCUCCCACGGGUCAAUCCAAGAAUGCAGCCACGCUUAGCCACAUGGCUCAAUGGGAGAGUGCUCGGCUCGAAGCUGAAGCAAGGCUAGCUAGAGAAUCAAAGCUUCUCCAUUUACAGCAUUACCAAAACAAUAACAACAACAACCUUGACAAACAGUGCUUCACUCACAAAACACCAGCAAAUUGGACAAAACCAAACGAUGAAACUUUGACAGGAAACGGAGAUCAACAGCUUGAAUCCCCGACAUCGACGGUGACAUCCUCCGAGAAUCUCCCUCUCGUGACUAGGCCUUUAGGAAUGGAACCAACGGAAAACAGAAUCAAGUCAAUCAACAGAGAAAACAAUAACGAAUCCUCAGGAAUUCCUGCGAAUAUGGUUGAAUUGGCCGUCACUUCUUCCACCUCCUCCGGUGCGACUUUGGUCAAAGAUUCCGAACACGACUGGAUGAGGCAAAUCAACAGUCAGACAGAAGGAUUCGAAGAAGGAUUCACGAGCUUACUGCUCGCUGAUUCAAUCGGUCGGGGUUUCUCCGCCUCCGUCACCGGAGCGGUCGCGGCCAACGGGAGUGACUAUAGCUACUAUGAGGAUAACAAGAACUACUGGAAUAGCAUCCUCAACUUGGUGGAUUCCUCACCGUCCGAUUCCCCAACGAUGUUCUGAUCUAAGGGUUCACAGUGAUUUCUUCAAACAUUUUAAAAUUCUCAGUUUGUUAUUGUCGAUAGCCUUAUCUUUUCAUUUUUUUUUAAUAUAUUCUGGUAUUAAGAU